UCUUUGAGAGAAGGAUGGCGACUGCCGAUAGACCGUCUUCUUCCUCUACCGCUGCCGGGCUUUCCCGGCAGACCGGAGACGCAGCGCGGCCUUCCGCGCAUAUGGCGGCGCUCAUCUUGGCCCGCGGGGGCAGCAAAGGGAUCCCGCUGAAGAACAUUAAGCUGCUGGCCGGAGUCCCGCUGAUUGGCUGGGUACUGAGGGCAGCCCAGGACUCCGGCGUCUUCCAGAGGUACAUUAAAGCUGGCCGGGGCAGCACAGGGAACACUGAGGUCGAUAUCGUAGGAAACAUCCAAGCCACCUCUCCCUGCCUGCACCCCACGGAUCUGAUCAGAGUGGCCAAAAUGAUCCGAGAGGACGGCUUCGACUCCGUCUUUUCCGUAGUAAGGCGGCAUCAGUUCAGGUGGAGUGAAAUAAAAAAAGGAGUGUGUGAGGUGACGAAACCCCAGAACCUGAAUCCGGCAAAACGUCCCCGGCGGCAGGACUGGGAUGGGGAACUUUACGAAAACGGUUCGUUUUACUUUGCCAAACGGUCGCUGAUUGACAAGGGGUAUUUACAGGGUGGGAAAAUGGCCUAUUACGAAAUGCGGGCCGAGCACAGCGUGGAUAUCGACGUGGACAUCGACUGGCCGAUCGCCGAGCAAAGAGUCUUGAGGUUCGGCUAUUUCGGAAAAGAGGCCCUGAAGGAGGUGAAGUUGCUGGUUUGCACCAUCGAUGGGUGCCUGACCACCGGCCACAUCUACGUGUCUGAAGACGGGAAAGAGGUCCUUUCUUACGACGUCCGGGAUGCCGUUGGGAUUCAGCUGUUGCAGCAAAGGGGCGUCGAGGUGCGGCUGAUCUCCGAACGGAACUGUUCACCCAAGACGCUUUCCGCCAUGAAGCUGGGUUGUGUGGCGGAAGUUGGCAUGGCCACCAAGCUGCCCGUUGUCGAGAAAUGGAGGACGGAACUGAACUUGUGCUGGAAGGAGGUGGCUUACUUAGGAAACGAGGAGUCGGACGUGGAGUGUUUGAAGAAAGCCGGCAUGAGCGCGGUCCCCGCCGACAGCUGCCCGGCCGCGCAGAAAGCCACGAACUACAUUUGCAAAUGUAACGGUGGCCGUGGCGCGAUCCGGGAGUUUGCAGAGCACAUCUUCCUCCUGAUGGAAAAGGUGAAUUCAGCGGGAAAGAAAGCAUGAUAAGAAACCCCCGAAGCCGCUACCGCUGUAGGGGAAAGAAGAAAGUGUCUCCUUAUUCCUUCUCUCUGUUGGUUUCUCUGUCGUUUACUUGUGGUUUGGGUUUUGACAUUUCAGAAUUUCCAAAGAGCAUUGCCGAGAAAUGUGAAGCACGGUCUAUAUCCCCCCCCCCCAAGCACUUAAAUGUUAAUUUCCAACUGCUGCCCCCCAUUAGUGCAAAAGCCACCACCCGUCAAGCCGAUAACAGUCAAUUCAGCUUGACGGGGCUUUGUUAAAAGGUUAAGAAAUUGAUGGCGUUAAUGCCUGCUCCUCCGUGGCCUGGCUCUGGAGAAGACGUAAACGUAUAAAAAUAGAACUGGCCAAAAAAGAUUUUGUUUUCUUUCCCGUUUAAAAAGAAAGGGGGGGGGGAGAGGGGGUUUUCGGUCACAUCUUUACCCGCAGUCACCGAACCAAAGUGAUUGGCCGAGAUCAGCCAUUACGUGAAACCACGGUUUAUUCGAGCUAAUACGGUUAGUUGGCGAAGUCAGGAUUCGGCAUGUCCUGUUUCGCCUUGACAAUUGCUGCUUUCGUUGCCUUCGUUCUGGCCAGGCGUCACUGUAUUUAAAGUAGAUGGUAACAGCCAAGAAGUGUGUCAGAAAAAGAUCCCGAUGAAGGAGAACUGUAUCCUA